AUGCAGAACAAAGGAGAAGGAACUUUGCUCCACAAGGGAAGGUUGUUCUGCAGCAGGGGUCUGAGGAAACACUUUGGAAACAAAACAGAAGAGAAGAGUGGGAAAAAAUACCUCCAUGGCAUACAGCUGUUUGAAGGGAAGAAUCAUGCUUCUGUUUACCAAAGUAUCGCUUAUUCCUCCACGGAACUCAAAAACAUUAUUAUCCAGUACUUAGAUAAAAAGAAACGCCAGCCACAUGUGCUGGCAGUGGAUCUGGGGUGUGGAACAGGUCAGCAUUCUCGACUGCUGGCACCGCACUUCAAAGAAGUGGUGGGAAUGGACGUCAGUGAGUGUCAGCUGGAGGAGGCCAGAGCAGUGCCAGUCCCCAACGUCACAUACAGAAAGGGGGCAGCGGAGGAGCUUCCUUUUCCCGAUGCCUCUGUAGAUCUGUUGACAGCAGCCACAGCAGCCCACUGGUUCGAUCAGUCGAAGUUCCUGGCUGAAGCAAGUCGGGUCUUGAAACCUGGAGGCUGCAUUGCUCUGCUGGGCUUCAGUGACUCAAAAACCAAACUCAGAUACCCGAACUGUGGAGAAAAACUCAGCCACAUCUAUAAAGAGGUAAACCAGGUGCUGUUGCCAUACACAAGCGAAAGAGUAGUUCUCGCUGAGAAUAAGCUGGAAAAGCUGUACUCUGCCAUCCCCUUUCCAGACAAAGAGAGGAUUGAUUGUUUUCAGGCAAAAUAUGUGAGACCAGUGAGGGCCGUGGUGGGAUUCAUUGAGAGCUGGUCCAUGUUCCAAACCUACAAGUCAAAAGACCCCAAAAGUGCUGAAGAACUACUGGUCAACACUCAGAAAAGGCUUCUGGAGCAGAUGGGAGUCACGUCUCCAGAUACUGAAAUAGAGCAGGAACUGGAAUUUUACUGUGUCCUGGCAUCCAAACCACAAUGAUCCACACUAAAGCACUGGAUGUAUGUUUCUGGAGACAGAGAUGAAGUGUGCGUUUCAAAGAUGCUGCAAUUUACAAUUUAUAAAGAUUCUAUUCUUUCUGCUUUAAGGAGUGUGUCUGUUAAAUAAACCAUUGUUCACUCAG